AUGUUUUGUGAUACAAAUUUAAUUAUUUUAGUUUUAAUAUUCAUUAAUAUUUUUACCUUAAGUGAAUCCUUCAUUUAUGCAUAUGAUGAUGAAGAUUUAAUUGAAGGUGAAAAGUGUUUGACAAAAAACAAUGAACCAGGACAAUGCAUUGAAUUUCUGAAGUGUAACUUUGCAAAUAAAUUGUAUCGAGCAAAAAGAUCAUCAGAAAUAACUGUGUGCAGUUUAGUUGGAAGAAUUCCAUUUGUGUGCUGUCCGACAUAUCCAAAAAUUUCAAAUUUUUCGAAACCAAUUAAAAAAUCGUCGUUUAAAUUCCAAAAAGCAUUGUGUAAAAAUACAAAGCCUAUAGACAGGAUUGAAAAUCAUGUUAUUAAUGGCGACAAAGCAAAAGUUGCAGAAUUUCCAUUCCAAGUUGCACUAGGAUAUGGUUGGAGGAGAUCAAAAAAAUUAGAAUUUAACUGUGGUGGAUCAUUGAUUGCUGAUGACAUUGUACUGACUGCUGCUCAUUGUGUUAACAAGAAAGGAGCUCAACCAUUUAUGGUUCGGAUGGGAAGGACAUGUUUGAACCUAGAUGAUAAGCAUGAUAGAUCAACAGUUCAAGACAUUGAGAUUGAGAAAAUACGAAUCCAUCCAAAGUACAGUUCAAAAUCCAAACAAAAUGACAUUGCCAUAAUAAAGUUAGUAAAGCCUUUCAUUCCGUCAGAAUCUAUAGCAACAAUUUGUCUUUCAACUAGUGACGCAGAUGCACCUGAAGACUUUACAAUCACAGGAUUUGGACUUACAUCAAUUGAUUUUAACGAGAGAUCUGACUGGCUUCUUAGAGGAACAUUAAGCGAAUAUCCUUUUGAAAAAUGCAAGCGUAAAUUUGAAAAUAAGGGAGUAAGAAUAGCUGAUUCCCAGUUUUGUGGGUUUAGUGACAAUGGAGUAGACACUUGUCAAGGAGAUUCUGGAGGUCCUGUUUUUUAUGAGCGAAAAAGUGAAUUUUAUCUGCAUGGAAUAACAUCAUAUGGAUUUGGAUGUGGAUCAUCAUACUAUCCUGCAGUUUAUACAAAAGUCAAUAGCUUCUUGAAUUGGAUUGAAGUUGAGAUGACUGCACUCGAAUGAAU